AUGGUGCCCAUCAGGAACCUGCGUAUUCUUCUCCAACGCAUUCUCUUCUCCUCAGCAGGCAAGGUCUUCAUCAUCUCCUCCAUAUGCUGGCUCCUCGUAAUUCAGUACUGCCGGAAUAGGUAUUGGAGAGAGCCGCAUUCCGCGUUCUUCCAGUCGGAACAUGUCUACGACCUCCAGUAUUCCGAAUACCGCGAGGAGCAGGCCAAUGAAUUCAUCGAUAGAGCCCAUGACCCAAAUGUGAAAUUGGCAAAGGCAUCAUCACACCCCGAUAUAUGUGCGGCAUUUGUCACGGUCAAGAGGGAGAAGAAACAAUAUAUCGAUGCUGGGAUCGGGUCAAUGUUGGAAGGGUUGACGGAUGAAGAGAGGAGCAAACUCUACGCUUAUGUUUUCUUUGCGAAUACCGAUCCAACGGUACAUCCAACAUGGAACCAGCCGUGGCUGAAGAAUGCUGUCGAUGCCGCAUUGAGCUACAAUGUGAAUGCCACGGUCAUGGAACAUCUGCGAGAGCUAGAGGGAAAGCGCAACUUCUACGAGAAGGGGGUUUACGUGAAACUUGAGCUGAUUAAGCUCGGCAGUGAUUACCUCUACGCCCUCGACUACUGCUAUGAAAUUGGUGCACCUUACAUUGCGAUGUUCGAGGGGGAUAUCAUUCUCGCAGACGGCUGGAUGAUAAAGACUAGAAAGGCACUUGGUGAAAUCGAAAAAUACGCAGGGGUUGAGGGAGAAAAAUAUUGGAACUGGAUAUACCUACGGAUUUUUUAUACGGAAACCUCUGUUGGAUGGGAAGAGACGGAUUUCAUGUACCACUACAAGGGUUCGAUAUUUGCGACGGCCGCCAUCCUUGGAUAUGUUAUCUUGUUUCUCACUCGUUGCUUUGUCCCGAGCACAAGACGAUAUCUGGACAAUUGGGCGAUCGCAGUUAUAUGUUUGGCCACCAUCCCAGCUUUCGUGUCACUGCUCUUCAUGGUGGGGAAAAAUUCUUUGUACCCGCGCAACGGAGUCUUCAAGAUGAACAAAUUCGGAUGCUGUACACAAGCGCUUAUAUUUCCACGAACUCAAGUCCCCGAGCUUGCGUCAUAUCUGAGGGCAAUUGGAACCGGACAGACGGAUACGAUGAUUGAAAAUUACGCGGAUGAGAGAGGAAAGCAAAGACUUGCGUUGAGGCCACAACUGGUCCAACAUGUCGGCCUUGAGAGCUCCCGAGAUAACAACUUUCAAAAUUCGCAGAGCACUUGGUCGUUUUGGUUUGAGGAGUAUAAUCCAGAUACCCUAAGGAAGGAGCAUGAUGCCUUGACUAGAGAAUUGGAGCACUGA